AUGAAAACAACAGAAUUAUUAAGUUCCUUUUAUGGAUCAUUAUCACGAGGACAAUUAAAUAAUACCUGGAGAGCGUACAGAGAACUUGAACGAAGAUCCAAAAUUCAUUAUCUUACAUUAAUUGAUUAUCGAUGGAUGAUAGAAUUAAUUACUCAAAAUCCUUUGAAAUCCGAAAAUUUUAAUCGAUUAUUAAACAUAAUUGAAAACAUGAGAUUACAUAAAAUUCCCAUAACACGAUAUGACAUGAAACGAUUAUCAAAUUUCAAACCCACCCAAGUAACUUAUAAUAUAUUACUUAAUGUAGCGAUCAAAGCAUCAAAUUUUCAAAUAGCCAAUUUAUUAAUUCAAGAUAUGACUCAACAAGGCUUUGGAAUAAAUGUGAAAAUAUUUACCACCUUGAUUCAUAAAUUUGCAUUAAAUAAAGAUUUAAUUAACAUGGAGAAAACUUUAGAAGUAAUGACCAGAAAAGGGAUUAAACCUGAUUCCCUUACUUGGAAUACAAUCAUUUGGGCUUAUUUACAUUUGGGAAAAUUGAAUUCUGGAAUGAUUAUUUAUUCUAAAAUGAUUUCUCUGCCGAAAGAAUUAAAACAACAACAAAGAUCAAGCGAAUCAAGUGCAUUGAUUGAAUUACAGGAAUCAAGAGAAUUACAAGAAUCCCAACAACAAUUAAAUGAAUUCCAAGAAUUCCAACAAUUAAAUGAAUUACAAGAGUCACAAGGAUCAAGAGAAUUAAGAGUAAAAUUUGAUAACAAAAGAAAAUUAAAAGAAAUAAUAAUAGAAUGUUUACCUACACUUUCUACAUAUCAUUCCCUUUUAUCAGCUAAUAUAAUAGAACAAAAUUGGGAAAAUUUUAGAAAGGUUUAUAAUGAUAUGAAAAUAUUUAAUGUACAACCAACAAUUGACAAAAUAAAUGAUAAAACUCGAUUUAAAAUGAUGCAUCCCAAAAUAUCAAAAUUUUAUUCGGAUAGUGGUAACCUUUAUCAAUAUUAUUUUCGUGCCGAGUUAAUACCUGAAUAUGAUGAUGUGACGGCAAUGAUCUUUUUAACUUUUAACGGUUAUGAUGAUUUAAUAAGAUUAGCUGAAGCUUGGCAAGGUCCAAUAUCAGCAGUUUUACAUGUCCCAACCAAAACUUUAAAUGAUACAGAUCCGAUAAUAAGUGAAAUGCUUUAUAAUUAUAAACAACUUUACAAGCGAAAUCCAAUUAUAAGGCAUACUUGGCCAUCAUCACCAAAGAUUAGAUCUCAAAUCAAAAAACACCAAGAUUUAUUAUUACAAGAUGAUGUCAUCAUCUUACCAACAUUCGAAUUUACCGAAAAUGCCACGAGCCUGAAAUUUCCUCAAAACCUUGGGGAAUUGAUGAAAUUGGUUCAACGGAAAGCCAUGGGAAUUAAAGAUAUUGGGUGGCCGAUAAAUGAAGGACCAACGGAUUUUGGGAAAUGGAUGAAGAUGAAUAUUUAUAAAAUUGCCGAAUUUGAAUUAUUUUAUCAACCUAAUUUUAUCAUGAAGAAAGGAAGUAUUAAUCCUUGGUGCACAGAAAGAUUCGAUGAUUAUGAAAGUAGUAAAGCCACAUGUUUAUUACAGAUUUUUUUCCGAGGUGCAAAUUUAUGGGUUAUACCCGAAGCAUUUUUAAUACAAUAUCAUUAUAAUAAAUAUUCUUAUCUAUUAAAAUCACAAUCUAAAUUGGAGAAAACCAUAAAAUUACGAAUGCAUGUAAAAUUUUAUAAGGAAUCAUGUAUUUAUUAUACACGAAUUUUAAUUUCAUUAGGUGAAUGGCAAACACGUAAAGCUAAUAAUGUUAAACAAUAUUGUUCAAGAAUAAUAACGAAUUGGUUAAAUAAAUAA